AUGAAACAAAAAAUUAUGUUUCUCCUAUUUUUUAAAAUUUCUGGUUUUAUUUUUUUUUUAUCUUGGAUAAGUCAUUUUAAUAAUGAAGCUAGUACGUUUAUCAAAUAUUUAGAUAAGAACUAUAAUAAUCGUAGCAAAAUAGAUAAAAAAAAUUAUAGAUUACUGGCAAAAUAUAAACAGUGUAAGAAUUACAACGAUGUAGGUUUAAAAGAUAAUAUACAAAAUAAAUGGGAGCACGAAGAAAAAAAUAUAUAUAAUAAUAAUAAAUGGGUAAAGGGAAAGAACAAACAGUCUAAUAGAAGUUUAUUAAAUAAGGCACAAUACUACACAGAAUUUAUAGAUUAUAAUAAUGGAAUGUUUGAUGGAAAACAUUUUCAUUUUGAAAAAAAAUGGAUAAAAAAAAAAGAUUAUGAUGAUUUUCUUGAAAAAAAAAGAAGAAUUCGUGAUAUAACUUUAAAAAAAAUAAAAUUUAGAAAAUACAGAUAUGGAGUUGCAAUAUUUGUUAUUUUUUUAUUGUUUGGAAUAGGUGUACCCUUAUCAUCUGGAAUUUCAUUUUUGGAUGUUAAAUGGGAUGCGAUUAAAGAAGAUCCAUUUGGAUAUUAUUUUUAUUAUUAUCUAGGAAAUAUACCAGAAUAUGUACAACAUUAUUUCUAUAUAAUAUUAUAUAGUUUGCUUAUAAUUAUAUUAUCAAUAAUUUUUAUAGUAACUAUGUAUAAGAUCUUAAGAAAUAAUGAAAAAUAUAAAAAAAUUAAGUUAAUGACCGAGUAA